AUGGCGAACGACCGGACGCAAAGCGCCCAGAUAAAGAAAAACUCGCGAGCAGAGGAAUGGCUCAAGAACGCAGUCAAGGACAAGCAUGUCCGCAUGAUCCCCUUCUCCGAGAUUAGCAAGGUCAAGUACAACGUUGCCAAGGGCGGUUCAGGAACGAUUCAUCUCGGAGCUUGGCGCAACAUGCACAUUGCGAUCAAGGAGCAGCAUAAUACGAAUGAUCUCAUCAAAGAGCUCAAGAUGCACAAGCAGGUCCACGAUUCCAACUAUAUCGUCAAGUUCUUUGGCAUUACCAAGCACCCCCUCACGCACGACACCUGCAUCGUUAUGCAGUUUGCAGAGAACGGCUGUCUACAGGACUUUCUCGAGACUCAGAACGUUUCCAUCACCUGGUUGACAAAAUACCGCCUAGCCUGGGAGAUCGCGAGUGGACUCGACUUUAUCCACCGUGAAAACAUCUUCCACACUGACCUUCACUCUCGCAACAUUCUUAUCGACACUGGCGGAAAGGCAUUGAUCACGGAUUUCGGUCUCAGCAAGUCUGUCAACAAAACCAUUUACACAACCAAGGCUGGACUCUUCGGUGUUGUGCCCUACGUUGCUCCAGAGCGGAUGCAGAACCCGACCUACACCUACAACGCCAAAUGCGACAUCUACAGUUUGGGCGUCAUCCUCUGGGAACUCUCUAGUUGUGUCAUUCCCUUCGAGGCACAGCUGCAGGAUGUGAUGCUGGCCGUCAACAUCAUUGCAGGUGUUCGGGAAAAGACAGUUCCAGGAACCGCGGUCGAGUACGAGAUGUUGUACAGGCGAUGCUGGGAUGGCCUGCCCCAGAACCGUCCCAACAUGGAGAUUGUCUUGUCUGAAUUGGUCGAGCUAUUGGCUGCUGAGCAGAUCAACCCUCGACCUGCCGCACCUCGACCCAUCUCACCCCGACCACCUCGACCCCUCUCAAGCGAAUCUAUGAUCGCCCCCAGCACGCCCUUUCCCUACGACAACGAUACUACCAUCCAGUCCUCACCCGAAAACACGACACACAUGCGACCAGCAUCGCCACCUUCACAACGUCCACCAGGAGCUCGCCAAUCGAUCGCCCAAGGGUUGGCCCCUAAAGGUCAAAACAUUCCCUCUGUGCCCAUCCGUGAUCGCUCAGGCGUCCGUGUUUCCUUCAUCGACAACCAGCCCUCCAAGGACUCGAAGGCCAACGGAGCUGCAAAUGGUAUGGAGCAGAGCAGGGGCCCUACCGACAACAACCAUCAGGUCAACGGCGCCAAACCCAAUGUCCGAAUUCCACCAAUGACUGUUCCUGAUAGCCCCACCGUCAGCAGUCCCCCUCCUACCGAGAAUGUCUCAGAAACAAAUGCUUCAACCGUCGGCACUGACGCGAGCAAAGCAGGAGCAGGCCCACAGCUCCUCCCACCUCUUCCAUCCUUCAAGGCACUUGCGCUUACAACCCCUCCAAAGGACAUCAGUAUUCCUCCAGCUCUCCCAAUGGAAUCAAUUAACUCAGUGCUGCCUGAAACUGCAUCACUAGCUUUGGCAAGUGGUCUUUCGAUGGUGUCUGUGGUCAGCAAGUUGAACCUGGGAUCCAUUCGAACCAUCUCGACAAUUUCCCCACCACCACCAGGAGCCCCACCACCACCACCAGCCGUUGCUGGCCAUAGCAACAGUCCUCGAGUGAUUUCACCGCCAUCCAAUCGUUCAAAGGUCAUUUCGCCCCCCAAGGUCCGGAACAACCAGGUGCCUCCUCCCGGUCGAGCCUCCAAGACCAUUUCUCCUCCCGUGGGUAGCCAGGGUAGAUUGGUGCCCCCUCCCCCACCAGGAACUCCCCCAAUGAAGCCUAGCGGUUCACCUUCCCUUGGUCCUUCACCAAAGCCGCCAGCAGGGAUGCCCCCAUCCCCCGUCCUCAACGGAUCUUCUCCAGCUGUCGCCAAGGUCGCCCAGGCAGAUGUCCCACGUAACCCAGUGUCGCCCAUUGUGUAUGUCCCCACUACGACCUACAAGGGCAAAUCAGAGACCAAGGUUGAUGCCGAGCCCUCCCUUGCAUUGCCCUCUGAGACCCGACCUGCCCCUCCUCGUCAAGUUCCCAUGGGAUUCCCUGUCGUUGCACCCUUGGAUCCUCAUCAUUUUACCAAAAGAAGCGCCUCAGAAUCGAGCGUUGCACCAUCCAGCUCUUCUAUUUACAAGACAUCCCGGCAAAUCGAAGCCUCCAAGCCCAGCAACUCGUCUCCAGCUUUGCGUCCUAAUAGCCCAGAAGCAACACGGAAGGAGGCUGAUCCCAGAAACAGCCAUGCCAUUGAAGUCAACAAAAUUGGACCGUCCACGGAAAACGGAGCUCAGCGCGUCGUCAACCACAACCCACCAUCAUCCAACUCUGGAUCCAACCCUCCUCCUAGGUCCAGCCCAGGAUUCUUCCCCGUCGUUGAUACCAUCCGUGCCGGACUUAGCAAAGCAAAAAAUCAAGGCAACAGAUCUCCAGACGCAGCACCCAGGGAGCAGGAAGGUUCGGGACCCCCUUCGCGAUCCGGAUAUGAAGAGCACACCACCGAUAGCAGAACAGAUCAUCGGGACAUGCGCGCGACACCCAAGGACGCUACUCCUCCCGUAUCUCAGGGCUCGGCUUCCAAACCCCGAGUCCAGUUUGACAACUUUUACAGCCUUGCAGAUCCUUACAAGGCGUUGAGUCAGGACGAGCCAUCCGACUUUUUCACGGCGGUGACACAGGGCGAUUUAGAGAUGAUUGAGAGGCUGCUCAAGGCCCACCCAUAUCUGCUUCACGAAUCUAUUGGAUUCUGGCCCCACCCUACUCCCAUCCUGCUUGCUGCUCGCUCAAGGCACGCCAUUGAAACCAUGAAGGUUCUGAUCAAGCACGGAGCCGCCCUUGACCGUGGAGAUCACAACGGAACGACUGUGCUGCACUUUGUGUGCGAGCAGUACCCCAACCCCACCGAGGCUGUCAUCUUCCUCACCAAGGCUGGAGCUGAUUGCAACAGCCGUGACUCCAAGAAGAGGACCCCUCUAAUGGUUCUUCUCCAGAAUUCGCACAUCGUGUCUACCAAGGUGUUAAUCGAGACCAUGCGAGUGUUGUUCAAGUUGGGAGCCCAGACCAAGGUGGUCGAUCAUCAACAGCAGAGGACCCCCUUGCACUACGCCAUUCACCAUUGCAAGGAACCUGCUCCUGUCAUCGAGUUGUUGUUGAAGAAGGGAGCCGAGGUCAACGCGAUCGAUUCCCGCAAGUCGACACCAAUGCACAUGGUUCUGGAAAAGAUGGAUAACGAGGAGAUUGUCCAGAUGUUGUUGUUGUACGGAGCCGACCCCAGCCUCAGGAAUGGGAACAAGCGGAAUGCACUGUGUGUGGCAGCGGAGAACUUGCGCGUGAUGAGUGCCUGGUUCCUUCUGGAGAACGACCUGUUGUCGUCAGCACCCGAGACGAUCAAGAAAGCAAACGAGUUGUGCUCCAAGGCCGACGGACCGGACAAGAACUCGAAGCCAUUGUUCAAGAACCUGUUGUCGGACUGGCAGGGCAAGGAAGGCAAGAUUCGCAGGAUCCAACUGGCACAGGAUUGUAUCUUGCGAGUUCAGCGGACGCCUGACAUGAAGACGAUAGAUCAAACCCAGGUCGCCCUCGAGUUCUUGGAGAGUGCAGGAGCGUCGAUCUACUUGAAUGAGCAGGACAACAGCAGUAAUGGAGGAGGAAGUGGAUAUGCACCCUCGUCGCCUGGCGGAGCGGGUGGAUCUCCCGGUAUCCUUCGACUGGGCAACAUUCGUCACGGUAAUAACAACAACAACAACAACAACAAUGGCCACCUCAACAACGGAAUGGGCAACGCCAAUGGAUCUAGCCAUAACACCCCUCUUAAUAACGGCAGCUCCAACGGCGGAAGUCCCACCUCGCAUCACCAUCCUAGCAACCUCAACAACAACAAUAACAUUAAGGAGCUUCGCCUGGCUGAGGGAGUUGAGCCGCUGAAGCAGACGAUGCUGCCAGUUAAGUCGGUCCAGCAGCUUGAGAAGGAGAGAGAGGCGAUGCGACACCACGGCCAUGGCCUAUUUGGUAAAAACCGUUAG